UUCCAUGGUAGCAUGUACACACGAACCCCUUUUCAUGUACAGUUUGUUUAGGUCUAGAAGAUAUCGUUAUAUAUAUAUAGGCCUACAGAGUUCAUUGUACACUCCAGCGGUAUGACAUCAGCAGCAAGGAAAAUAAAGGAUGCCGGCUGGUUCUACCAUGCCCCCGCUAGGAGGAAGAAUGUGGAGCCUGUGAGAGUGCCGCCUACCUCUCAGAUCCCAGGACUCAACGACCCUAUGGAGGGUGAAAUGAUGGGUGACCCUAUAAGGCCUCUCUUCCGUGACACAGACACAAAAUAUAUACGACUUGCCAAACAAGGUGGCAGACAGAAUUUACUUCAAUUCAAAGAAAAUCCAAAAAUGUCUGAGAAACCCUACGUAGGAUACCCGCGGUCAGAAUGGUUCUAUCUGGAGGACAACGCUAUAGAGGACGCUGCCACGGAACCUGACACAAGUAAAUAUGAGUUCCGCGUCCCAGAAUAUAUGGCACAUGAUGUACACCAGCCCUCCAAUGAUGAUAACUGCAUGAAGGUAGGACGCACACCAUACGCAUUUGAUAAACUCUCUGCAUAUGACAGAGAAGGCAACAGCUUGAAGGAUAAGACUCUCAAACUACCCGAGGUCAAGAGGUCUGGGUACGGGGUGAGGAUAGCUAAACCUCCAAGAGUGAAGUCUCAUCCACAGGAACGCACAAAACCCUCUGAAGCAGCCAAAGUAUCACAACUGGAGCGAGAAAAACCACAUCUGAAAUAUCUGCCUUUACCUGAUGAGGAAAAGGACAAAGCAAAAAUGUCCAAGUUGUUGUCGUUUGCGUACGAUCGAGAGUGGCAGGAUCGCAUCACCAAGUGGCAGUCACAACAGGACAAGGUCAGGGAUAAACAUCGUGCGAUGGUAGCGGCCGACGCACAGAUAGACAAAGAACCAAUCAACACGGAGUAUAGAACAACAAUCGGCAAACAGAUUGGCAACAGACGAUCUGAGAAAGUAAAGAAACACUAUGAACCAUCUUACUCGACUCAGUCAAACCCAGACAAACAACGCGAUGAUGAUGGGUCAAUGAGAAUGUCAAAGAAGGAAAAAGAAAUGUUUAAGUUAACAAGGUUCAAAAACAUCCCUUCAAAGGUAGACUCUCACAACACUGCUGUUAAGGACGUUCCAGUGGUGUCUGCUCAUUAACUUUAUAUGUCUUUUCAAAUAUUAAACACGGCUCUUUGAAAACAUUAAUAAUAUAAAGUGAUAUAAAGCAGAAUUGUGGUAUUAAGAGGAACAGUGAUAAAAAGAAGAAUGAACUAAAAUGUCAAAAAAAUUGAAAGUGAAAUAUUGUCAUUCCUAUGUGAAAGAGAGAGCGAUUGAGUUGAAGUGUUCAUUCAGAUAAAUUACUUACUUAAAUAUAAGUGCAAUAUGAAUGAGAUCAUUCUGUUUUGUCUCAUUUGUAAGCAAAUUAUUAUAUAUUUCAUUUCUCGGUUUUUCUUCAUUCAUGUAUUGCCUCUCAGAAACAAUAAGAGGAAAUUAUUUUUUUCUACAGAUACUUUUUUGAACUGUCUGGUUAGUGAUUUUGUCUGCAUGGUUGUGUGUAAUCAAAAUUUCAAUUGACUACAUUAAAUUUCCUUGUGUUCUUAUUUUCGUAUUGCGUAAGCAUAUGAAUACAUAUAUAAGCCCUGAGGAUCUUAUUAUGAUUCAAUAAUUUGAUUAUAAAAUGAGAAUUUUAAGUAAUUUUAUUGAUUUAAGUGUAUUUUUAUCCAUUUCAUACCACCGGUACCAGUAAGGUUAUGGUGAAGACCUUUUUACCAUAGUGUAGCUGGUAUAUAAUGGAAUAAAGGAGGGGUGUUUGUGUUUGUGUUUUAAAAAAAAAAUAUUACAAAAUUAAUAGACGGGGGAAAUUUUAGACAUGGAUUUCCGACAAUCAAACUUCCUCUUCUUCCACAAGAUUUAUCACAGGAAAACUUCUGGGGUAUGACAGUUUAUAUUCAGGUUGACAAUUUUUCUGUACAUUCAUCUUAAAUUAGUGUUUAUUCAUUUGUAAAAUAUACCAAACAAACUUUUCACAUACAAUUUAUCUCGAAACAUGUUUUUCCCUUCACAAAUAUACUAGAGCAUAAAUUACACAUCUUUUACAGUAAUAAUUAAUUUGCAUAAAGCAAUUCCUCUGCUGCUAACAAGGUCUUCCUUUGUGCUGAGGUAGUGAAGCCAACACAGUCUUUUCCAUGUGCUGUGUAGGUGGUUCCAGUACCCCAUCUUGGAUACCUAAAAGUAUACAGGGCAGUUGGGACAAGGGUACAUGUAAGCUAUAUAAGUCAACAAACGUAACAAGAUCAGGGUAAGGUUCUUUAAUUUAUUGCUGGUCUACUGAAUUUGCCUGAAACUUGGGCUUCUGGAACCCGAAAGCUCCAUCAGCUGUUUCGUUCAUUUUAGGUAGGGUGGUCGAAGUGUGGUGGAUCAAAAGGACUGUCUUCAUUUGUGUUAGCUGCCAGACAUUUUUGUUGGUUUGCUUGAUAUUUCGAAGUUAACAGAAUUUCGCUUUUCUUGAAAUUUAGAAAUAUUUCAAUAGGUGUAUAAAUACUCUAUGGGCAUAUGGAAGUCCUGUGUAUACACUGAUGUCCGAGUGAAUAUGUAAGAGAGAGGGAAAUGAUAAUGGAGAGAAGGUGAAAAAGAGAAUAGUUAUAAUUUGAAUGGUAGUUAAUGCAUUUACAAUACAUUUCAGGCCAUCAUGAUUUCAAUUUUUGUUUGACCCUUUUCUCUCUCUCGGAUUUGAGAAAGAGCAUCAAAAUUGGCAACAAAAGUUAUUUUCCAUCCGGAGUCUAUGACAGUAUAUUACAAAACUAUUUUUUUAGCCAAAAACCAAACAAUGUGUCAUGCCAAAAAGGGAUAUUAUAAAACAAGUGAUUGUUAUUUUUUGUUUUGAUUUGAAAUAAUUGUUUUUAUUUACUAAUUAGCCAAAAUCUCUGUUGGGUAACAGCCAAGGAAUUUUGAGUGGGAAAUACUGACAGGCUAGCUUUAACCCUGGGACAGGCGCACUAGUUCAGCAACGUUGAGCUUGCUCAGAGGCUUGAUGGGUGCCUGGCUGCACGUUACAGUUCUACAUACAUGUAGGGGUUUUAAAACUGAGAUAUGAAAAAACCAACUUUGGCUUUAAAGUGAAUUUUCUACAUAACAUUUCAAAUAUCACUGAAAUGAAUCUAUCAAUAGGUUUCCACUCCUAACAAUUAACUGUUGUUAAAUUGUUUGAAAAUAAUUCUUGUUUUCUGUUUUAUGGACCAGAAUCAUGACAGAAUGUAAACAUUAAUAUAACUCAUCUUAAUAUGGAAAAAGAAAGUGCUGCCUAUAUUUAAAGCCUUGUGAUCAUGAGGUCCUACAAGACCAACAAAACUUGUGAACUCAGGUACCAUGUAGGCUGACUGGCCAGACAGGCACUGAAUUCGUUCAGAUUCGAAUAGGUGUUUCACUGGCCGGAUAACCUCAAAUCGAGCAGGUCUGUUAUGUUAACAUUUUCAAGUUGCCUAUUUUUGCAACUGUUUCUGUUUUAAGUGUCUAUAUAUCAGAUUUUCCUGAUUAACAUUUAAUAUGCAUGGCAUUUGGAAUUCAGAUUUAUUCAUUAAAAGUAUUAUCAAUAUACAUAUAUUGUGAACACGUUAAUUAAAGAUUUGUUAUAAUUUGACGAGGCAUGUUGAGAUGAAGUUACUUUAAAUCAACAAUGUUUCAGUUGUAUAAAGAUUAAUGACGUAGUGAUUUGUGAUGUUCUUUAUUGACUGAAGGAUUUGAAUAUGAUGGCAUCUUUUAGUCGCUAUUUUAAGUAUUAGAUUUCACUACUUGCAUAAUGAAAUAAGAUGCAUUAUUAAAAAAUAUUUAUGUCUAUGAUUUAUGACAAGGUUAAUAAAAAAUAAGAUUAUAUAAAUGUCAGACAGGGUUUGGUUAUUUCUUCCAUGAGAUGUAUUUUUCCGUGAAAUAUUACUGGGGCACAGUUUCGAGAGUGACUUUUAGUCAAGUUUCGAGUUUCACGCCAGCAUUUUUAAAAAUCGAAAACUAGGGAAACUUCACUCGAACCUCAAGACUUGACUAAAAUUUUCAAUCUAACCCACCUUAUUAUUUUCAUCUAGUCAAUUUUAUUGAAUGCGUUCAAAGAAUUUGGUACAGUGUGUUUAUUUCUGAGUCAAAAUAGAUCCAUUUAGUAAGAUUUCAAAACGAUACAUUUACUUAUUAUAUAAAUAGUUAUUUAAUUGCAUAAAAUUUAUUUAUUCUAUUUAGUUCUGUCUUCAGCAUCUAAGUUUGAAAAAUAUGAUGAUAUAGUGUACUGCUGUAUAUGAAAUCACAGUAACUAUGCUUGUUUUCUGGAAAUAUCGAGGGGCCAGUCAGGUUAGACAAUUUUUAUUUUUAAUGUCUCCUGGCCCGGAUAAGAACGGGUGUGAGGUAACCAAACUGUCAUGGACACAAGUUAGCAGCUAUUCUCUUUUAAACAAUUUCUUAAAAAUCAACAAUGUGAAGUCAUGAUAUUUUGUCAGUGAGUAACUAGAAAUUAGUAUUUGAAAUGUUCAUCAUAUAAAUGACCUUGUACUACUUUCAAGGUCACAGGUUAAAUAUAAAUAUGUUAAAUACUUCAAACAAUAUUACCUCUAUAAUAUAAUAUAAGAGCAAUGUCUAAACCUUUUAUACGUGUGUGUGUGUGUGUGUNGGGGGGGGGGGGG